AUGGCGUCCAGUCCUUGGACGGACGGGAUUAUGCAUCGGCCACGACUUAUGAUUGGCCGAAACGCCUCGGCACAGGUGGGAGCGGCCACCUCCCGACCGGAGCGAGGGUUGUUCGUUUCGGUACCAUGCGGGCCCACAUUUGGUGUUACGCAAACACCGAACGAUAAGGCCCUUAUCCCAACACUCGCUUGUCGCCGGACGAUUGGGCCAGGCUGUGUUGGGGUGGGGGGGGGUCUUUGUUGCCGUCCACAGCAAGACACACAAUCUCCCCAGUCUGUGCACACUUCGGCUAAAACACACCUCCCCGCCCGAGCCCAGUUGACUUUGGCCCGUCGCCACAACAAGGCUCUUGUAGUUCUGCUUGUGACAACCAGAAGUGACUACCACUUCUGGCCGAGUCGAGUGGUCGCCUUGACUACGGCUCAGACCCCUCCUCCGGCCGCCCAGCCGGGCAGAGGUGGCGAGGGCUCGAGGGCCGCGGGGGCGAUGGGUCGGUGCGUGGUAGCCUCGUUAUUGCGAUUGUCCGUCAUUGUUGCCGGGCGGAUGGGCUCGCAAAGCGAAGGUGUGUAG